AUGGCGAAAAGCUUCUCUCUGGAGCCUAGGGGUACAGAGGAGAAGGAGCCUAGGGGUACAGAGGAGAAGGAGCCUAGGGGUACAGAGGAGAAGGAGCCUAGGGGUACAGAGGAGAAGGAGCCUAGGGGUACAGAGGAGAAGGAGCCUAGGGGUACAGAGGAGAAGGAGCCUAGGGGUACAGAGGAGAAGGAGCCUAGGGGUACAGAGGAGAAGGAGCCUAGGGGUACAGAGGAGAAGGAGCCUAGGGGUACAGAGGAGAAGGAGCCUAGGGGUACAGAGGAGAAGGAGCCUAGGGGUACAGAGGAGAAGGAGCCUAGGGGUACAGAGGAGAAGGAGCCUAGGGGUACAGAGGAGAAGGAGCCUUGGGUUACAGAGGAGAAGGAGCCUAGGGGUACAGAGGAGAAGGAGCCUAGGGAGGAGAAGGAGCCUAGGGGUACAGAGGAGAAGGAGCCUAGGGGUACAGAGGAGAAGGAGCCUAGGGGUACAGAGGAGAAGGAGCCUAGGGGUACAGAGGAGAAGGAGCCUAGGGGUACAGAGGAGAAGGAGCCUAGGGGUACAGAGGAGAAGGAGCCUAGGGGUACAGAGGAGAAGGAGCCUAGGGGUACAGAGGAGAAGGAGCCUAGGGGUACAGAGGAGAAGGAGCCUAGGGCAGAGGAGAAGGAGCCUAGGGGUACAGAGGAGAAGGAGCCUAGGGGUACAGAGGAGAAGGAGCCUAGGGGUACAGAGGAGAAGGAGCCUAGGGGUACAGAGGAGAAGGAGCCUAGGGGUACAGAGGAGAAGGAGCCUAGGGGUACAGAGGAGAAGGAGCCUAGGGGUACAGAGGAGAAGGAGCCUAGGGGUACAGAGGAGAAGGAGCCUAGGGGUACAGAGGAGAAGGAGCCUAGGGGUACAGAGGAGAAGGAGCCUAGGGGUACAGAGGAGAAGGAGCCUAGGGGUACAGAGGAGAAGGAGCCUAGGGGUACAGAGGAGAAGGAGCCUAGGGGUACAGAGGAGAAGGAGCCUAGGGGAGAGGAGAAGGAGCCUAGGGGUACAGAGGAGAAGGAGCCUAGGGGUACAGAGGAGAAGGAGCCUAGGGGUACAGAGGAGAAGGAGCCUAGGGGUACAGAGGAGAAGGAGCCUAGGGGUACAGAGGAGAAGGAGCCUAGGGGUACAGAGGAGAAGGAGCCUAGGGGUACAGAGGAGAAGGAGCCUAGGGGUACAGAGGAGAAGGAGCCUAGGGGUACAGAGGAGAAGGAGCCUAGGGGUACAGAGGAGAAGGAGCCUAGGGGUACAGAGGAGAAGGAGCCUAGGGGUACAGAGGAGAAGGAGCCUAGGGGUACAGAGGAGAAGGAGCCUAGGGGUACAGAGGAGAAGGAGCCUAGGGGUACAGAGGAGAAGGAGCCUAGGGGUACAGAGGAGAAGGAGCCUAGGGGUACAGAGGAGAAGGAGCCUAGGGGUACAGAGGAGAAGGAGCCUAGGGGUACAGAGGAGAAGGAGCCUAGGGGUACAGAGGAGAAGGAGCCUAGGGGUACAGAGGAGAAGGAGCCUAGGGGUACAGAGGAGAAGGAGCCUAGGGGUACAGAGGAGAAGGAGCCUAGGGGUACAGAGGAGAAGGAGCCUAGGGGUACAGAGGAGAAGGAGCCUAGGGGUACAGAGGAGAAGGAGCCUAGGGGUACAGAGGAGAAGGAGCCUAGGGGUACAGAGGAGAAGGAGCCUAGGGGUACAGAGGAGAAGGAGCCUAGGGGUACAGAGGAGAAGGAGCCUAGGGGUACAGAGGAGAAGGAGCCUAGGGGUACAGAGGAGAAGGAGCCUAGGGGUACAGAGGAGAAGGAGCCUAGGGGUACAGAGGAGAAGGAGCCUAGGGGUACAGAGGAGAAGGAGCCUAGGGGUACAGAGGAGAAGGAGCCUAGGGGUACAGAGGAGAAGGAGCCUAGGGGUACAGAGGAGAAGGAGCCUAGGGGUACAGAGGAGAAGGAGCCUAGGGGUACAGAGGAGAAGGAGCCUAGGGGUACAGAGGAGAAGGAGCCUAGGGGUACAGAGGAGAAGGAGCCUAGGGGUACAGAGGAGAAGGAGCCUAGGGGUACAGAGGAGAAGGAGCCUAGGGGUACAGAGGAGAAGGAGCCUAGGGGUACAGAGGAGAAGGAGCCUAGGGGUACAGAGGAGAAGGAGCCUAGGGGUACAGAGGAGAAGGAGCCUAGGGGUACAGAGGAGAAGGAGCCUAGGGGUACAGAGGAGAAGGAGCCUAGGGGUACAGAGGAGAAGGAGCCUAGGGGUACAGAGGAGAAGGAGCCUAGGGGUACAGAGGAGAAGGAGCCUAGGGGUACAGAGGAGAAGGAGCCUAGGGGUACAGAGGAGAAGGAGCCUAGGGGUACAGAGGAGAAGGAGCCUAGGGGUACAGAGGAGAAGGAGCCUAGGGGUACAGAGGAGAAGGAGCCUAGGGGUACAGAGGAGAAGGAGCCUAGGGGUACAGAGGAGAAGGAGCCUAGGGGUACAGAGGAGAAGGAGCCUAGGGGUACAGAGGAGAAGGAGCCUAGGGGUACAGAGAAGGAGCCUAGGGGUACAGAGGAGAAGGAGCCUAGGGGUACAGAGGAGAAGGAGCCUUGGGGUACAGAGGAGAAGGAGCCAAGGGGUACAGAGGAGAAGGAGCCUAGGGGUACAGAGGAGAAGGAGCCUAGGGGUACAGAGGAGAAGGAGCCUAGGGGUACAGAGGAGAAGGAGCCUAGGGGUACAGAGGAGAAGGAGCCUAGGGGUACAGAGGAGAAGGAGCCUAGGGGUACAGAGGAGAAGGAGCCUAGGGGUACAGAGGAGAAGGAGCCUAGGGGUACAGAGGAGAAGGAGCCUAGGGGUACAGAGGAGAAGGAGCCUAGGGGUACAGAGGAGAAGGAGCCUAGGGGUACAGAGGAGAAGGAGCCUAGGGGUACAGAGGAGAAGGAGCCUAGGGGUACAGAGGAGAAGGAGCCUAGGGGUACAGAGGAGAAGGAGCCUAGGGAGGAGAAGGAGCCUAGGGGUACAGAGGAGAAGGAGCCUAGGGGUACAGAGGAGAAGGAGCCUAGGGGUACAGAGGAGAAGGAGCCUAGGGGUACAGAGGAGAAGGAGCCUAGGGGUACAGAGGAGAAGGAGCCUAGGGGUACAGAGGAGAAGGAGCCUAGGGGUACAGAGGAGAAGGAGCCUAGGGGUACAGAGGAGAAGGAGCCUAGGGGUACAGAGGAGAAGGAGCCUAGGGGUACAGAGGAGAAGGAGCCUAGGGGUACAGAGGAGAAGGAGCCUAGGGGUACAGAGGAGAAGGAGCCUAGGGGUACAGAGGAGAAGGAGCCUAGGGGUACAGAGGAGAAGGAGCCUAGGGGUACAGAGGAGAAGGAGCCUAGGGGUACAGAGGAGAAGGAGCCUAGGGGUACAGAGGAGAAGGAGCCUAGGGUUACAGAGGAGAAGGAGCCUAGGGGUACAGAGGAGAAGGAGCCUAGGGGUACAGAGGAGAAGGAGCCUAGGGGUACAGAGGAGAAGGAGCCUAGGGGUACAGAGGAGAAGGAGCCUAGGGGUACAGAGGAGAAGGAGCCUAGGGGUACAGAGGAGAAGGAGCCUAGGGGUACAGAGGAGAAGGAGCCUAGGGGUACAGAGGAGAAGGAGCCUAGGGGUACAGAGGAGAAGGAGCCUAGGGGUACAGAGGAGAAGGAGCCUAGGGGUACAGAGGAGAAGGAGCCUAGGGGUACAGAGGAGAAGGAGCCUAGGGGUACAGAGGAGAAGGAGCCUAGGGGUACAGAGGAGAAGGAGCCUAGGGGUACAGAGGAGAAGGAGCCUAGGGGUACAGAGGAGAAGGAGCCUAGGGGUACAGAGGAGAAGGAGCCUAGGGGUACAGAGGAGAAGGAGCCUAGGGGUACAGAGGAGAAGGAGCCUAGGGGUACAGAGGAGAAGGAGCCUAGGGGUACAGAGGAGAAGGAGCCUAGGGGUACAGAGGAGAAGGAGCCUAGGGGUACAGAGGAGAAGGAGCCUAGGGGUACAGAGGAGAAGGAGCCUAGGGGUACAGAGGAGAAGGAGCCUAGGGGUACAGAGGAGAAGGAGCCUAGGGGUACAGAGGAGAAGGAGCCUAGGGGUACAGAGGAGAAGGAGCCUAGGGGUACAGAGGAGAAGGAGCCUAGGGGUACAGAGGAGAAGGAGCCUAGGGGUACAGAGGAGAAGGAGCCUAGGGGUACAGAGGAGAAGGAGCCUAGGGGUACAGAGGAGAAGGAGCCUAGGGGUACAGAGGAGAAGGAGCCUAGGGGUACAGAGGAGAAGGAGCCUAGGGGUACAGAGGAGAAGGAGCCUAGGGGUACAGAGGAGAAGGAGCCUAGGGGUACAGAGGAGAAGGAGCCUAGGGGUACAGAGGAGAAGGAGCCUAGGGGUACAGAGGAGAAGGAGCCUAGGGGUACAGAGGAGAAGGAGCCUAGGGGUACAGAGGAGAAGGAGCCUAGGGGUACAGAGGAGAAGGAGCCUAGGGGUACAGAGGAGAAGGAGCCUAGGGGUACAGAGGAGAAGGAGCCUAGGGGUACAGAGGAGAAGGAGCCUAGGGGUACAGAGGAGAAGGAGCCUAGGGGUACAGAGGAGAAGGAGCCUAGGGGUACAGAGGAGAAGGAGCCUAGGGGUACAGAGGAGAAGGAGCCUAGGGGUACAGAGGAGAAGGAGCCUAGGGGUACAGAGGAGAAGGAGCCUAGGGGUACAGAGGAGAAGGAGCCUAGGGGUACAGAGGAGAAGGAGCCUAGGGGUACAGAGGAGAAGGAGCCUAGGGGUACAGAGGAGAAGGAGCCUAGGGGUACAGAGGAGAAGGAGCCUAGGGGUACAGAGGAGAAGGAGCCUAGGGGUACAGAGGAGAAGGAGCCUAGGGGUACAGAGGAGAAGGAGCCUAGGGGUACAGAGGAGAAGGAGCCUAGGGGUACAGAGGAGAAGGAGCCUAGGGGUACAGAGGAGAAGGAGCCUAGGGGUACAGAGGAGAAGGAGCCUAGGGGUACAGAGGAGAAGGAGCCUAGGGGUACAGAGGAGAAGGAGCCUAGGGAGGAGAAGGAGCCUAGGGGUACAGAGGAGAAGGAGCCUAGGGGUACAGAGGAGAAGGAGCCUAGGGGUACAGAGGAGAAGGAGCCUAGGGGUACAGAGGAGAAGGAGCCUAGGGGUACAGAGGAGAAGGAGCCUAGGGGUACAGAGGAGAAGGAGCCUAGGGGUACAGAGGAGAAGGAGCCUAGGGGUACAGAGGAGAAGGAGCCUAGGGGUACAGAGGAGAAGGAGCCUAGGGGUACAGAGGAGAAGGAGCCUAGGGGUACAGAGGAGAAGGAGCCUAGGGGUACAGAGGAGAAGGAGCCUAGGGGUACAGAGGAGAAGGAGCCUAGGGGUACAGAGGAGAAGGAGCCUAGGGGUACAGAGGAGAAGGAGCCUAGGGGUACAGAGGAGAAGGAGCCUAGGGGUACAGAGGAGAAGGAGCCUAGGGGUACAGAGGAGAAGGAGCCUAGGGGUACAGAGGAGAAGGAGCCUAGGGGUACAGAGGAGAAGGAGCCUAGGGGUACAGAGGAGAAGGAGCCUAGGGGUACAGAGGAGAAGGAGCCUAGGGGUACAGAGGAGAAGGAGCCUAGGGGUACAGAGGAGAAGGAGCCUAGGGGUACAGAGGAGAAGGAGCCUAGGGGUACAGAGGAGAAGGAGCCUAGGGGUACAGAGGAGAAGGAGCCUAGGGGUACAGAGGAGAAGGAGCCUAGGGGUACAGAGGAGAAGGAGCCUAGGGGUACAGAGGAGAAGGAGCCUAGGGGUACAGAGGAGAAGGAGCCUAGGGGUACAGAGGAGAAGGAGCCUAGGGGUACAGAGGAGAAGGAGCCUAGGGGUACAGAGGAGAAGGAGCCUAGGGGUACAGAGGAGAAGGAGCCUAGGGGUACAGAGGAGAAGGAGCCUAGGGGUACAGAGGAGAAGGAGCCUAGGGGUACAGAGGAGAAGGAGCCUAGGGGUACAGAGGAGAAGGAGCCUAGGGGUACAGAGGAGAAGGAGCCUAGGGGUACAGAGGAGAAGGAGCCUAGGGGUACAGAGGAGAAGGAGCCUAGGGGUACAGAGGAGAAGGAGCCUAGGGGUACAGAGGAGAAGGAGCCUAGGGGUACAGAGGAGAAGGAGCCUAGGGGUACAGAGGAGAAGGAGCCUAGGGGUACAGAGGAGAAGGAGCCUAGGGGUACAGAGGAGAAGGAGCCUAGGGGUACAGAGGAGAAGGAGCCUAGGGGUACAGAGGAGAAGGAGCCUAGGGGUACAGAGGAGAAGGAGCCUAGGGGUACAGAGGAGAAGGAGCCUAGGGGUACAGAGGAGAAGGAGCCUAGGGGUACAGAGGAGAAGGAGCCUAGGGGUACAGAGGAGAAGGAGCCUAGGGGUACAGAGGAGAAGGAGCCUAGGGGUACAGAGGAGAAGGAGCCUAGGGGUACAGAGGAGAAGGAGCCUAGGGGUACAGAGGAGAAGGAGCCUAGGGGUACAGAGGAGAAGGAGCCUAGGGGUACAGAGGAGAAGGAGCCUAGGGGUACAGAGGAGAAGGAGCCUAGGGGUACAGAGGAGAAGGAGCCUAGGGGUACAGAGGAGAAGGAGCCUAGGGGUACAGAGGAGAAGGAGCCUAGGGGUACAGAGGAGAAGGAGCCUAGGGGUACAGAGGAGAAGGAGCCUAGGGGUACAGAGGAGAAGGAGCCUAGGGGUACAGAGGAGAAGGAGCCUAGGGGUACAGAGGAGAAGGAGCCUAGGGGUACAGAGGAGAAGGAGCCUAGGGGUACAGAGGAGAAGGAGCCUAGGGGUACAGAGGAGAAGGAGCCUAGGGGUACAGAGGAGAAGGAGCCUAGGGGUACAGAGGAGAAGGAGCCUAGGGGUACAGAGGAGAAGGAGCCUAGGGGUACAGAGGAGAAGGAGCCUAGGGGUACAGAGGAGAAGGAGCCUAGGGGUACAGAGGAGAAGGAGCCUAGGGGUACAGAGGAGAAGGAGCCUAGGGGUACAGAGGAGAAGGAGCCUAGGGGUACAGAGGAGAAGGAGCCUAGGGGUACAGAGGAGAAGGAGCCUAGGGGUACAGAGGAGAAGGAGCCUAGGGGUACAGAGGAGAAGGAGCCUAGGGGUACAGAGGAGAAGGAGCCUAGGGGUACAGAGGAGAAGGAGCCUAGGGGUACAGAGGAGAAGGAGCCUAGGGGUACAGAGGAGAAGGAGCCUAGGGGUACAGAGGAGAAGGAGCCUAGGGGUACAGAGGAGAAGGAGCCUAGGGGUACAGAGGAGAAGGAGCCUAGGGGUACAGAGGAGAAGGAGCCUAGGGGUACAGAGGAGAAGGAGCCUAGGGGUACAGAGGAGAAGGAGCCUAGGGGUACAGAGGAGAAGGAGCCUAGGGGUACAGAGGAGAAGGAGCCUAGGGGUACAGAGGAGAAGGAGCCUAGGGGUACAGAGGAGAAGGAGCCUAGGGGUACAGAGGAGAAGGAGCCUAGGGGUACAGAGGAGAAGGAGCCUUUGGUUCUGAAUGAGCUUCUUCUCCUCGUCUCGUCGUCCGUAGAAAUGAGCUGGUGGGGACAUAAGUGGUAG